AUGAAUAUAAUUUCAUUACCACUCAAAUGUUGGUCGACAAUUCAGUCAACUUACAACAGUAUCAAUCCGCAUAAUUUCAGUGGUGCCAUAGAUGUUAUUGUUAUUAAACAAGAAGACGAAACACUUCAAUGUACACCGUUUCAUGUUCGAUUUGGAAAACUAGAUGUUAUUCAACAUCAACAAAAGAGAGUUUACGUUUCAGUGAAUGAUCAUCUAAUCGAAGAUUUGUGGAUGCAAUUAGGGGAUGCGGGUGAAGCUGUAUUUAUUGAUAAUACAGAGAAUUCCGUUUUGUUACACGCAGAUAAUGGAUCUCCACAGAUCUUGUCGAAUAUUGAUCAAUCUGUCAAUAACAGUGAACUAUGUCGUAAUCAUGAGAAACGACGAUCUGCUGGACAUAAUUUCGAUGUACAGUCAAGCGAAGACGAGCAAUUAUCAUCCGAUUAUCUUUUAACUAAACGACAAUCAUCUACACGAAAACGUCUUUCGAUAUCGAAAGGAUCUAACGGUGAUGAACAAGAUCAAUCAUGGACAAUGAUUCAUAAACGAGAUGCGAACGAGAACGAUUCACUUUUAUUUCAUAUGGACGAUGAUAAUCAAAUCUCAGAUGUCGAUGCAUUUAGUCAGAAAAAAAUAUGUGUUACUUCACCACUACAAGGUUCUUCCAACAAUAACGAAAGUGAAAAUACGGAUGAAAGUGGAAUUGAUGAACGAUUAAAAACAGAAAUAUCCACAAUUCUAUCAAAUCAGACUCCAAUAAAGACAUCAGCAACUGUAUAUACACAAGAAUCGAAUACAAGGAUCAGUGAAAUCUAUGAAGCAGUUUUGUCUAAAUCGGUACCAAUCGAAAGUCAUAUCGCUAUUACCGAUACACCACUUCAGAGUCCAACAUGUAGUUUAGAUGAUCGUGUUGGUAACUAUUCUUUAAACGAAAAUUUGUCAUCGCCACCAAUCUUCUCAAGUUCUUUCUCAUCGCAAACAACAAGUCCAAAAUCGGACACAGAAUAUGAACUUGAUAAUUCUACUCAACCGUUGGUAAAAAAACGUCGAUCAUUUGUCGAUAGAAUCAGUGGUAUGUGGAGAUGGAAUUGGGGCAAACUACCUGAACAACGACAAUCUGCCAAGUUAACCAAACCGCCCAACGUUCUUUCCUACUUAUGGCCAUCGACUAAAAAGACAUUGCCUACUGAAGGUAUAGAUCUUAAUGAUGUUCAACUUUCAUUAUGUGGUAAUAUUGACAAUUUAUCAGCGAUUACUCAUGACAUAUUUAAUAAACACCUUGUUUCACACGAAAGAUUCUUCAAUGAUCCAAACAUCGCCAAUGAUCCUAAUUUGGUUGCACGCAUUGGCGGAAAAUUGUACAAAUGGACCACAGCCGUACCACUUAUUACUUCGGCGGCUAAUGUUCACAAGCAUUUGCCAACGGAGACAGUCGAACAAUCACAAGAAAAACUGAUAGUACAGACGGUAACAAACUCGAGUACAAUAAUACCAGUAGUAUCUACAUUGUCUAAUCGAGCUGAAAUGAAACAAAAUUCGAUCAAAAGUCAACCAUCAGUAGAUAAGAAUAACAGCAGUGAAGUAACUAAAUUGAUCCCUGAUAUGGAAGAAAAAGAAAAAGAAAAAGAGGAAUCACAACCAUCGUCAUCAGUACCAACAGUGACAGUUCAGCAAACAUCUUCGAUUAGUCCGAAAAAGACGCUAACACUGUCAUCGGAUCAACUAAAACGGCUCAAUCUUAAACUGGGUAUUAAUAAAAUUGAAUUCGAAGUGACAACAGCUUUACAAGGCAAUGUUUCUGUUAGAUCGAAUAUUUUCCUUUUUGAUUAUCAAACUAAAUUUGUCAUUUCGGAUAUUGAUGGUACAAUCACAAUAUCGGAUGUAAUGGGUCAAAUUCUUCCAUUAAUUGGUAGAGAUUGGUAUCACGAUGGUAUUGCAGAAUUUUUUAAUGCAAUACAAGAAAAUGGCUAUCAAUUUAUCUAUCUAUCGGCACGAGCGAUUGGGCAGAGUCAAAUGACGAGAGAUUUUUUACGCAGCAUUAAACAGUGUAAAUAUAACUUACCUGUUGGACCAUUACUCCUUUCGCCUGAUUCACUUCUAGCUGCAUUUCAUCGAGAAGUCGUUGCCAAACAGCCCGAAAAAUUCAAGAUUGCAUGUUUGGAAAAUAUUGCAAGCCUUUUUCCAAACAGAAAUCCAUUCUAUGCUGGAUUCGGUAAUAGAACCAAUGAUCAUAUAGCGUAUACGAGAAUCAAAAUACCACAGACUCGCAUUUUUACAAUUAAUUCUGAUAGUAAUAUUACUCGAGAGUCAUUACCCCAAUCUAUGAUGUCUACCUAUAGAAACUUACAUGAAGUCGUUGAUCUUAUUUUUCCUUCAAUGGAUUCAUUUUCAUCGAGUGAAAACUAUUCAAUGUUUACCUAUUGGUAUAAUGAUCCGGCAGUGAAUACAUUAGACAACGAAAUGCAAGCACAUCUUAACGAAAUUGCUGAACGAGAAAAACGAGCUCAAGCUAGUACUCCACGAAAACGGAUGACAAUAUUCAAUGGUAUGACUAAAACUAAAUCAACAACAACGGUGGUAAACGAUGAUGGCAAAAAAAUAUUAACAUUAACCCAGGCAGCAAAAAACACUGUAAAACAGUGA